AUGAGCGAUCAAGAUAUAACCAUUAAUUCAACAAAUUCUAUUUCCAUGGUAGAAGAAUGCGCAAAAUGCGUCGAAAUGGAAAUGUGGCCCCAAUUUAGAGCCUUAUUCAAGCAAAUAAAUACGUUUUAUAAACAAAAUUACAAAGAAGACUCAGAUGAUAAUUUCGUUCGUAUAUGGUUUGCUCUUCGAUCACUCACCAUUGAUAAUUUUAUGAAAAAAAUACAAGAUUGCACUCAAUUUGAAGAUUAUCUUAAUUAUCUUUCUUUAAUUUCAGAUUUAGUCGAUGACCCAAAGAGAUUAUGGGUCAUAAUGCACACAGAACUGCAAACUAUUUUCAAAGCUUCUCCUAGUCAAUGCAGAUAUAUCGCAAAAACGUUCUUUACACCAGGACAAUUAUUCGAAUACAGUAUUGACGCAUUCCUCGACUCACAAUUAUGCAAUUUAAAUACUAUUGCCACAGAAGAUGAUGUUAUUGAUAGAUUUUAUGCGCUGGCUGGCCUAGUAAGGGCAUGCGGAGUAACCAGAAACGAUAGUGUACCACAAAGCUACAUUAAUUAUGUUGGAAAAAUUCUUCGUUCAUAUAUAAAUUUACAAAUUUUUUCAGCAAAGCGAUUCGUGUGGCUAGUUGAGUCAAUAGGCACUAAUCUAUUUAUAAAUCCAAAUAUUUUGAGAGGUAUUUGUGCGGAAUCAAUCACAGAAUUCAUUAAAAAAGAUAUUUCACCGAAAGAAAAACUAGAAAUGGCCGGAACAUUCACAACAUCACCAUUUAUGUGCCACAUACCAAUCCUUAAUUCAUUAGUUGAGGACAGCUAUAAAACUGUCGUUGAAAAUCUUUAUUAUAAUUUUGUCAAAUACAUUUUACCUGGAUUUGCCGAUUUAGAGUGGAAAGGCAAGGAAUAUGGAAUCCCAUCAGAUCCAGCUCGUUGCUGGAAACUAUUCUAUGACAAUCUUUUUACAAAUAAUGAGAAAUCGCCAAUAAUGAUGCAUGCAAUUGGCAAAUCUCUAUGUCAAACUCUUCAGUUCUUAGCUGAUUAUUAUGGAAGCGUCCAGCCAGAGCUCACAAGAGCUGUUGAUGUUAGAAGAGAUAUAUUUUACAUUGUUCAGACAAUUGUUAAGCUUCCAAUCGGUCUUAGUGAUAGAGACUACCAGAAUAUUUGGUUGUUACUGCUUAUUGCGGCAAUUAUUGGAGCUGAACAAACUUUAAUUUGCAAUCUUCCAACUCCUGAGAAAUCAAGGACCACAGUUAUGCUUGGACUUGAUGUUUCAGAGAAUGGCUACGAUUUCAUUAACUAUAAGAAAGCUUUGGCUGUUCUAACUGAAAAAUUCUCAGGUGAACAAGACGCAAUUCCAGAUAUGAUCAAAUAUCUUCGCCAAAACUAUCAUUAA